ACAAUCACCAAAAAACGUGCUCUCUCACUCUUCUCCUUCUUCAUCUUUCUCUUCAAUUCUACUUUUCUUAAAGAUUAUUUUCCUUUUCUGGGUUGAGUAGGGAAGUAAAGAUCUUUUGAAAUAUAUAUAUUUUUUCUAUAUUUUGAGAGGAAAAGAGCAUUAAAAGGUAGAUUUAUCAGAAACGUUUUUCCUUUUUAUUCAAAACUAAAAAGAAGGUAUAUACCUCUCUACAUCAAAAUUAGGCAGGAUACUUGUGAAUUUUGGAAAAAGUAGGCGAUUAAGAAGAAAGUAUUGAGAGCUCUGUUUUUUGGCAGAAAGUUGCCGUUUUUAUAUGUUUUCAAUUUUUCAUGCGUGUAAGCAAAGGUGAUUUUAUGUCUUGAUUAUUGGAUGAUAAUCACAGGCAUAUAAUAAAGUUUUUGUCAAGAUCAAGAUUUUGAGGUAUUUCAUAGAAUGAGAGAUAAGGUAUAAUGGAUUUUUGGCCAGAGUUUCUUGCUAGUAGUUGGGGGAAAGAAUUUGUUGCUGGUGGGUUUGGCGGCGUUGCAGGUGUAAUAUCUGGUUAUCCACUUGACACCCUGCGUAUCAGGCAACAACAGAAUGCCAAAUCUGGCUCUGCCUUGAGCAUCCUCCGCCGUGUUGUGGCUACAGAAGGGCCUGGUGCACUCUAUAGGGGGAUGGCUGCACCCUCAGCAUCAGUCACCUUUCAGAAUGCUAUGGUUUUCCAGAUCUAUGCCAUCCUUUCUCGAGCGUUCGACUCUUCUGUUUCAGUUAAUGAUCCUCCUUCCUACAAAGGUGUUGCCAUAGGAGGAGUUGGCACCGGAGCAUUGCAAAGCAUAAUGCUAUCACCUGUUGAAUUGGUGAAAAUCCGCCUUCAACUGCAGGACAAAAGUCAAUCAAAACUCCAUCAGAUGGAUUGUCAUAAAGGUCCAAUAAGUGUGGCUAAAAGUAUAAUAAGAAGAGAGGGUGCAAGAGGAAUAUAUCGCGGCUUUACGAUCACUAUGCUUAGAGAUGCACCCUCUCAUGGCUUCUACUUUUUUACGUAUGAGUACAUGAGGGAACAACUUCACCCUGGCUGUAGAAAGACAGGUCAAGAAAGCUUACAAACAAUGCUGGUAGCAGGAGGACUAGCAGGAGUUGCUAGUUGGGUCUGUUGCUAUCCAUUAGAUGUUAUCAAAACUAGAUUACAAGCUCAAACACCAUCUUCGCCGCACAAGUAUAAUGGCAUUUUGGAUUGUUUUCGCAGAAGUGUUAAAGAAGAAGGCUAUAGCGUGCUCUGGCGUGGUUUGGGCACUGCUGUUGCAAGAGCUUUUGUUGUCAAUGGAGCAAUAUUUUCUGCUUAUGAGAUUGCAUUAAGGUGUUUGUUUAACAAUGGAAACAUUCAAGCAGAGAACAGGAUUUAGGAGAAAUUUAUCUUUUUUGGUUAUAAUGGUUAUCAUUAUUUAUCUGUAGUUACAAUUUUAAAGCAGAAUCAAAUUGCAUAUGGCAUGCAAUUUCAACGAGGAAAUUGUAAGUUCAUAUGCAGAGACAAGAACAUAACAAAAUGAUCUUGUUUCCAAAUGAAACUUUGCCCCCUCUAUGUGUGUGAUAUUAACAAUGAUGAAAUAAAAAAUGCAUAUAUCAGGCCA